AUGGUUCAGAUCUCACCGCGCGCAGAGCCAGCCAUGCAAGCCAGCCGGGCAUCCACUCUCAGUGUGUUUGCAGACUGCAGCAUCCCAGCCGGUCUGCGGAUAGGACCUGUACCGGGCGUCUUCAAACUAGGGAAGUACGUGUCUGAUCGAAAGGAAGUUGGAUCAAAGAAAAAGAUUCGGCUGCAAAGAGGUGAAUUCCUGGACGAGACCGGUUGUCCAGUAUCGGACUGGAUUGGGUUUAUUCGUGCUGCCAGGAACAGUCAGGAGCAGAAUCUCGAGGCAGUCGCAGACCUCCCUGGUGGACAGGUCUUCUAUCGGGUGCUGCGGGAGAUCUCUGCGGGCGAGGAGCUGAGUGUGUGGUACUCCAACCCCCUGGCCCAGUGGUAUGACAUCCCCACCAGUGCCACGCCAACUCAUGACGAAAAAGGUGAGGAACGUUAUAUCUGCUGGUACUGCUGGAGAAUUUUCAAAUACCCCAACACUCUGAAGGCACAUGUUCACUUCCACUGCGCACUGAGCAACGGACGGGGGUUCGUAAGCACUGAACAGGCCCGGGGUACGGAAGGUUUCAGCCGGUCACCGAAGUCUGGGGACAUUCCCAACACUUCGGCCUCGCCCCGGAACGGACACAACACCUCCAGCUCUGACUCCCGGCGCGCCGUGUCCUCCUUACCAUUCCUCACAAAGGCGGGGCUGUCUAAGAAAGGCAGCGCGGAAGAACAGGACAGGGCUCUGGACAUGAGUGUGGCCUCGGCCCGGAACCAUGGACACAUGCUGGGCCUGGGUGCGACCUCAUCUGUGCUGAGUAACAUGGGCUUCCAUCCCGGCGUGCGCUCUGCCUUCAAGCCCAUGGGCCUCUCCAAAGCCCCAGCGGCGGAGCUCUCCAGAGAAGAACCCAACGGAAAACAUACCACACUAGGGUUCAGUAAACUGCUUGGGAACAUGAAAUCGACGCGAGCCCUUAACGAACCUUUGACAGGAAAUCAUCCUCCAAAGUGUGUUCAUCCAAUGGACUCCACAUCCCCGGUAGUGCCAUGCGGCAACGCCAUUCGCGGAUUCCCGUUAAUGCCGCAUUUUGAGGAGACCUCCGCUUUCAAGCACGUGGAGAGCCGCAUGCACUCCGGGCUGUCCCCGUCCCGCUACCCCCAGAUGCCAUCGGGACUCCAUUUUGAACGGUUCUCUCUCCCUCAGUUCGAUGGCGUCAAACCGUAUGGUGGGGACUGUAACAUUCCUCUCAUGCCCUUCACGGUAUAUAAUGGCGAAUUGCUUUAUAGCUCACCAUAUUACCCACUAAAAUUCCACUUUAGUAACCUCCUGAAAUACCCAGAGUCCAUGUCCUACUUUGGGACUCCGACUCUGAACCAGGAUAUAGGCUCCAUAACUAACAUCGACAGGGAGAUAGCCAUGCACACCCAACAGCUAUCGGAGAUUACUGUGGAGAAGAAUAGGGCCAGACUGGACACUCUGCCCGGCGCCAACGCUAGCUCGGGCAAACCCAAAAAGGGACACCUGUGUUUGUACUGUGGGAAGCUGUACUCAAGGAAAUACGGUCUCAAGAUUCACAUGAGAACUCACACAGGGUAUAAACCCCUUAAGUGCAAAGUUUGUUUCCGGCCCUUCGGUGAUCCAAGCAACCUGAACAAGCACAUCCGCCUGCACGCGGAAGGUAACACGCCUUACAGGUGUGAGUUCUGUGGAAAGGUGCUCGUGCGUCGGAGAGAUCUGGAACGUCACGUGAAAUCACGGCAUCCAGGGCAAACUAUCAAAAAGAAUGAGGACAAAACAGGAGGAAUUUUUGACGACCAAGAGGAGCACAAGAGUGACAAUGACAGUGAUGUAGACGUGUGCUUCACCGACGAGCAGAGCGACCAGGAGUCCAGUAAAAAUACUGAUUAACUGAAAUAAACAGAAAUUAAGUGUAUUUGUUUUUAAAAUGGCAACAGACUUCCUGUGCAGGUGUAUGUGUAAUUUAUGUCUGUUUCCUGUGACUAAAUAUAUUUAUGUUUUAAAAGCUCUUGAACGUAAUGCAUUUUUUUUCUUCCUAAAAACCGUAUAAUGAUUGGAAGUUAAUCCGG